UAAAGAAAGAAGCACGAGCGGUGCCUGUGAAAGCACUUUGUUGUAAAUCACGUCUGGAAUGACUCUAUUUAAAAGUGUGGAUUUUGACAUUUCUACGAAAACAUGAUCGACUUUAAAUGUGCGGUUAUUUUCAUCGUGUUGAGCUCCAAACCCAUGGAUGCAUUUCCACGCUCUGGACUUGACUUGAGAGGUAGCAGAACACAGCGGGAUGUCCAGUGCUUAGCCAGCCUGGAGUAUCAGCACGACAACAUCUGCUGUCUAAACUGUCCAGCUGGUACACGUGUGGAAUCACCCUGCACCAGAACAGGAGAGAAGGGGAGGUGUGGAGAAUGCGACCAUGGGCACACAUACACUGAGCACAGCAAUGGGCUGAAUCUGUGUUUCAAGUGCACGCGGUGUCGCUCAGAUCAGGAAAUUGUAAGGGAAUGUAGUCAAACUCAUAAUACUGAAUGUCGGUGCAAAUCAGGGGGAUUUUGUGCUCCUGACCAGGCAUGUGAAGUGUGCAAGAAAUGUUCAAGGUGUGAAAAAGAUGAAGAGGUAGUGAGGAACUGCACCUCUACCACCAACACAGAGUGCAAGAAAAUCCAGUCCAGCCCUGGCACUUCCCCAGUAAAUGCAGCAAUAGCGGUGCCACUCACACUCAUUCUUAUUGGGCUCAUUAUCCUGGGAGCAGUUUGCUGGUGGAAGAAGAGAAACAAAGCAACAGACUCUCAGAGACCCGACGGCAAAGCUGGACAGCGUUAUCCUGAUAACUUUCCCACUGAGGAAAGGAAGACUGGAGAAACCAAAAAGCCAAGCUGGCAACUGGUGAGACCUAAAUCCUCAGCCGGCACGGAGGAUGAACGUAAAGUGCUGUGCGAAAGCCUCAACAGCUCAGCCAGUAACUCCCAGCACAGCCUAACCAGCCUGCCUUCCUCUGCCUUCCCCGUACCUCCCCCCCAAGCCAGUGCUGUGGUCCCCAGGCAGCCCAACAGGAGGGAAGAAUGCCAAUUUCCCAAACUAGUUCCUCUGAAAGGUGAAGAUUCUCUGAGGAAAUGCUUUGACUUCUUCGAAGAAGAAAUGGAGGUCGACUACCACAAGAAAUUCUUCCGUCACCUUGGGAUUAGCGACAAUGUAAUCAAAAGCAAAGAGAACAUUCGCUAUGAAGACAGGAUCCAUGAGUUGCUGAACAUUUGGUUGGAGAAAGUGGGCAGAGAAGCUAGUUUAAAUGACCUGCUGAGUGCAUUACUUGAUCUGAAUCAGAGGCGAACAGCUGAGAAUAUCAGGGACAGAGCUAUUGACAAUGAUCAUUACAUCUAUGAGUAUCAAAUUGAGGUGAACUCCGUCUGAAAUGAUGCAUUCUUAAUAGUAUUUACGUUGUGAGGUCCUUCCAUCUGAUCCUGGUUGGAAUGGCAUCGCACAGGGCUAUGAUCUGUAGCGCUGUUUCAGCCAGUCAUAAAUCUAUUUCGCCAAAACGUUCAUACUGCAGAGAAAGUAUUAGUAAUGUCUCAUUAAUAUCAUGUUUGGUGUCAGGUCUAAGCUUGUGUGUUGUCCAGUAAGCAUCACACGAGGCUGCCACCCAUAGUGGUCUACAGGCUGUCAUGAGAGAAAGCAUGAGUAAUGAUGUCUCAUGAAUCUUAUGGCAUGAAGUCGUCGCUCUGUGAAAGCUUCUCCCUUGUCCUGUGCUGUCCAGUGGAGUAGCAAUGCACAAAGCUUCCACCCAUACUGGUGGUAUGUUGAGUAGUGAAUCUAUUCAGCCAAAAAAAAAAAAAAAAAA